AUGAUCACUACAGAGGCCAUUCACCCAGAUUGUGCCCUAGUGGUUCAGCACAUGAAGGCUCAGGAAGAAUGUAGACAUAUCAUCAUACAGGAACAAAAGCUCUCCACAGGAACAGGGUGCCAAACAAUAUGGGAUGAGAUUCGCUGCUGGCAUCGUGCUGAAGUUGGACAGGUGGUCGGUGUGACAUGCACCAAUAUCUCCCAGCUGUUUAAUAACAAAGGUUACAUCUACAGGAAUUGCACAGAAAAUGGAUGGUCUGACCUUUAUCCAACCUACACCGAAGCCUGUGAGUUUGCAGAUGACAAUGAAGCAGAAUCAGAGACAACUUACUUCUCCAACUUCAAGCAGGUGUAUACAGCUGGCUAUGCUACCUCCCUCAUCUCUCUGAUAUCUGCCAUUUUUGUCUUCACAGUUUUCAGGAAGUUUCACUGCACCAGGAACUAUAUCCACAUGAACCUCUUCUUCUCUUUCAUCUUGAGAGCGAGUGCUGUCUUUAUCAAAGAUGAAAUUCUCUUCUCCAAUCAAGACCUGGACCACUGUUUCAUGUCAUCUACAUCCUGUAAAUCAGCCGUGGCCUUCUUUCAGUUUAGUAUCCUAGCCAACUACUUCUGGCUAUUGGUGGAGGGAAUGUACCUGCAGACCCUGCUGGCUUUCACGUUUGUAUUUCAGAAAAAAUUCUUCUGGUGGUACAUUCUAAUUGGCUGGGGUCUGCCAACAACAAUAAUAACUGCAUGGGUCCUGACUCGAAACUUCUACGACAAUAGAGGCUGCUGGGACGACACAGAUGUGGCCUUUAUCUGGUGGAUCAUAAAAGCUCCAAUAACCGCAUCAUUAUUGGUCAACUUCAUCAUCUUCAUCAAUGUGAUCCGUAUUCUGGUGCAGAAACUGCGAUCUCCUGGUGUUGGUGGCAAUGACACCAGUCACUUCAAGAGACUGGCCAAAUCUACUCUGCUGCUCAUUCCGCUUUUUGGGAUGCACUACAUGGUGUUUGCUUUUUUACCAGAAAACACAGGAGCAGAGGCUCGUAUUUUCAUAGAACUUGGUUUAGGAUCCUUCCAGGGAUUUGUUGUGGCUCUACUCUACUGUUUCUUAAAUGGUGAAGUGCAAGCAGAACUGAAGAAGAGGUUUUGGAAGUGGCAGACUCAGAAUUACCUUCGCUACAGUAAAAGACGUCGAACCUUGUUCACUGAAAGUAGUACAGUUACACAGAUAUCUGUCCUUGACAAAUCCAGCCCUAAAGAUCAGCAAGGCUUGGAGACAAAUGCCCUCUCAAGUGUGGUGACACCCUGCAACAUCUCCGCUGUUUAA